AUGCAUGAAGAAAGGAAUGAAGUAGCAAUUGCAAAAGAUCAUGAAUUGAAUAAAUUUGAUAUUAAUGAAGCUGAACUCAAUGAAGAUCAUAUGGAAAAUACUGUUAACAUGCACAACCGUUUAUGGGGUGCAAAACAAUUAGUUAGGCAAAUUUCUAAAGAAGCCUCUGAGUAUGAAAAUGAAAUAAGAAGACUUUCUGAUAAUAUGAAUGAAAUGAAAACAUUUUAUAAAGAAAAAUUGGAGGAAAAAGAAUGCGAAUGCGAAAUUCUGAAAAAGAAACUUCAAUCAUUUAUAAAUGGGACACAUAAAGAAAUAUUCCAGCUCUAUGAAGAGCAAAUAGGAAAGUUAAAGGAAAAAACUGAAAAAUACUUACUCCCCCCCAUCCUUGAUCGAACGAUUGACUGUAAAAAUUCCUAAAAAUUGGGGAAAUUAACCCCCAUCCUUGAUCGAACGAUUUUCAUAUCAUGCAAAAUUUUUAUAUAUAUAAAAAUAUAUUAUUUAUCAAAAGCUUGGGAAGAUGCACAUAAUGAAGUUGUUUUCAGAGGCUUUGAGACGACAGAAAGCUGCGAAAUCAACCAUCCGAAGUGAUUUAGUCAUUAACAUAUGCUUAAAAACUUAAUAAUCUAAUAAAAUACAGAUUCUUUAAAAUUUUUUUAAAAAAAAAUUAAUUUAAUAAGGAACAAAUUAAAAUUUAUACAAUUUAAAGGGGUAACUAAUAAAUCAAAAUAUUAAAAAUUGGUAUUUUAUGAAAUAAAUUAAAAUUUUUUUGCUGUAAAAAUAAUUAUUAAAUAUUCUUAACCCUCUUAUUUAAAAGUAAAUAAAAAAAAAAUAUCUAUAUAUUUUUUUCCCGAAAAAUUUUUUUUUAACCCCCAUCCUCGAUCGAACGAUGGCGAGUCGUUCGAUCAAGGAUGGGGGGGGAGUUAGAAAUUAUGAAAAAGAUUGAUAAAACAACUUUUAAUUACGAAUUGAAUGAAAUUUUAGAGAAAAUGUGUGAAGAUUUAAUACAAAAAAAUCAAGAAAAUUUAGAUUUUUACGAAAUGCAGCGGAAAUGGUUGAUAGGGAAUAAAUGCAUUCAAGAACUUGAAGCUAAGUGCAAAAGCUUAGAAAAUAAACAAAAAGGCAAUAUAAAUGCGAUCACAGAAUAUCAUCAUUUAGUAGGAGAAAUGAACAACAGAAUGGUAGCUUUUGAAGACGAAAAUAAGGCCCUAAGCGCCACUAUAUCGAAACUAUUUAAAGAGAACGAAAUUCUUACUGAAAAGCUUGAAAUAGCUCUAGCUAAUCAAUUUGAAAACGCUAAAAAAAUUGAUGGACCAGCACUUAAAUAUUUGAGGACUCUUCAAUUAAAGCUUAUAUCAAAUAAAGACUUUUCUUCAUUCCAGUUAGCAAAAUUUUUAGGCAAAGAACUUUUUCAGCUAGAUCCUGUCAAAUUAAAAAACAAGCAGCCAUUAAAUAGAACUAGUUCGGUAUUAUUCAGAUAA